AUUUUCUGUUUACUAAAUUUUAGUGAAAAUUUUUGAAGCAGACUAUGUUUCGAAAAGGGCCAUAACAGAAUUAUUUCGAUGUGUACUCGGAAUAUUUCUAGCAAAACCAUUGCCAAUCAAAUAUGAUCUGAGAUUUUGAUUUGGUUUCCUAAAUAAGCUGGAUAUAUCAUAAAAUCUAGAGACGAUAAUUUGCUCACUUAACGUAACUAAAUUGUAGCAGUAAAGUAUGUAAAUUGAUGGUCCUUAAAAAGAAAACACCAACCCUACUUUAGUGUCUCAACUACGGACUAUAGAAGUGAGAUUUUUAGUUUCACUUGCAAGCUUUAUCAAUACAAAUAUUGCUAUAUAAAUACAUCCAAAACAAUAUUACUACCAAUAUGGGCAAUUUUUUCUCACAAAUCGUUAGCUUUUUUACUGGUAAGCCCAAAGACAACAAUUUAACAAACACAACGUAUAUCUAUGCUGCUAGCAGUGAUUUGAUUAUCACCGAUGAAGGUAGUGACAGUUUAAGUGACAUAACAGAGUCUAGUAGUGGAAGUCUUAACGUCAAUCUAAGCGAAACACGAUUAGCUGUUCGAGAGUCACUUUCAACUGACAUGGCAAUGGAGGCCCCUUCAAUUCAAAAUAGAUUGGCUAUUGAUCUCUUUCGCCAUGAAGACUAUCAACAUAAUCGUAUUCAAGAUCCAGAUAGUAAUCCAGUAGACCGAAAAGCUGGUGGAGAUGCAGUUGUUCCACUAGAAGUAAUGAAUUCUGAAAUGCCGCAAACUCAACCAAAUCCAUUCGAUAAUUCUUAUGAACAAACUAUCUCAGAAUUAGAGGACAUAUAUUCUCAUCUGUCUAAUAUUGAGGCAGUCAUGAAUAAUUUCCAAAAUUUGGUUGACACAUUUCAAGAGUGGGGAAGAAAUGGCUGAAAAAUGGGUUUUAUUUAAUGAACGAGUAAAAAAAUUAUUUAAAAAUAA